AUGGUGGUUGCUGAAUUGCCGUCAACGGAUGGGCCGAACAUGAGUUUUAUAGCUCAAUCAUCAUCGACCUCGAUGCCAAGUCGCGUUGGAGAACCAAGUCUGGAAUGCCAUUGCGAACUGGCAACGGAGAUAAAAAUAACUCAGACCAAACUUCGCGGACUUUCGAAGCGACAAAGCAUAAUCAACAAACUUUAUGACAAUGAGGAUAUGAGAGAAUGCAUGAAGGAGGUUCCUGGAGUCGAACGAAUCCGCCAGAUCUGGUCGACAGAUCAUUUAAACCUGGAGACUACCUUACAGAGCCAGCUUCGAAUUUUGAAGGAGAGCGCUAGCGCUAGCAGAUACUUGGGUGGAGGGCAAGUUGUCAUCAGCCAGCUGUGCGCCGAUAGACAAAAGGCCGAAUGUGCACGAGCUUUCGAAUGCAUGGAAGUGAUUCCGCACAAGAUGCUAGGUCCUGAAAAUAUGGAAGCAAAGUCAAGCGGUAAUGGGCAGGAUAUAGAUGACAAGGGUGGGUACAGUUGCAACCAGGCUGACGAUGAUGCCGACGAGGAGCAGAGUAAGGAGGCUGAGCGAUUGGAUCAAAGAGUGGAAGACUUUGAGGACGAGGAGGACAACCAAUUCAUGGAGGCUGAGCGAUCAGAGGGGAGAGAUAAUCGCGGAGUCGAAGAUGAGGACGAGCAGAAUAUUCUGAUAUUAGGAGAGGUGCAGAGAGGCGCCAAGGACGAGAGAUCUGAUGGGGAGCGAGCUUUCGAAUGCAUAAAAGCUACAUUUCGCAACGAGCCCGUACUAAAGAAAACGCAAUCAGCUGCUGGAUAUAGUGAUGACAGGAUGGGGGAGCAGAGUACUGAGUAUGGAGACGAGGAUCCCCGGACCAAGAGCGCUGACUGGAACAGAGUAAGAGAGGAUCACAAUGAAGAUAAGGGCGAGCAUGAUAGUGAGGCUGAGGGAAGAAGAAGAGACGGCUGUGUGGAAGAUUGGGGGAGGGAACAGGAUAUUAGGUCUUUGGGGCGAGAAGAGAGGGAAGAUCCAGGCGUGGAAGGGGAAGAUAGGGCAGAAGAUAUCGAGAUAGUGCACGAUACGGCAUCCGGACCGGAUAAUACGUACACAGAGGAGCACGAAGAGGAGGAAGACGAGGACUAUGAGGACUAUGGCAGGAUUCGUCACUUGUUCAAGGGGCCAACAGAGUCACAGGCUAGAAAGACAAUUUGUACAAACACUAGGAGCAAAGUCAGGAUACCAGCAAGGAAAUGCAGAUACAUCUUUUACACACCUCGACAGGAUAUUCAACUUCCAAACCCAGUGACUAUUAUUAGCGCGCCUGGGGACGAAGACUCGGACUUCGAGAACUGCAAGAUGAGAAGAGCGAUUUUCAACCCUGCAUGGAAGAAUGACGAUCGCAAAUUCACACGAUUUAUGUCAGCUUACCAUGGAGUCGAAGAUCUUGGGGUAGUGACCAAAGCACUUACCUAUUCUGGCCUUCUCAAAUGGAUCGAAAAUCGUAAACGGGACCAUGGAGGUAAAUGUGGCUUGCAGGAGGCGGCCAAAAUACUCCAUGUUGAUUACUGGAGUAUAUACAUCGCGCUCCAUACCUGGAUUUAUCCUUUCAUGAACAUGGGACCACAGGAAUUGUCCGGUUUUGGAUGUACGAUACCUCUUUGCCCGCAUUCACGACCGGAACACUGGUUUCAAGACAGAAAUUGUUUAGUCAUCCAUAUGUCAACAUUCCACGUAUGCAAUCGGCGUCAAAACACAGUAGGCCGAGACAAGCUUGGCCGAUCCCCGUUACUAGAAGAAGCAGUCCAGAAGAGUCUCGAGGCUGGAGAAUCCCGGAUAUCCAUCAUAGCAAGAUCGAAUCUCUACAAGGCUCGUGUAAAAGACAUUUUGGAAUUUGGACCACAGCAGCGAUUCCCCAAUAUGAUGUCGUGUGGAUGUUGUCAAUACAUACACGCAGAAGCAUGUUUCUCUCCGCUACAUUCUAAACGACGAAGAAUUGGGACCGCCGAGGACGACGCAUAUCUCCAGGGCGAGUCUGUGGAGACGAUGGCUCGUGACGAAAACAGCCACAUCCGCAUGGACUCCCAUUUGUCUCAGACAGCACCAGAAAGACUCGAGGAUAGAGGUACCAGCGCUGCGCUGAACACCACCAUCGAUACUGAUUUUUCAUACUGUCUCAAGCUUAGCGCUCGUCCGGUCCAUAUCGCAGUUAAUAAAGCGUAG